ACGAAACCUGGCCUGCCGGGUCCUUUUCCCGACAUCCCUAGCCAGAUUUAGCUGCUGACAGCUGCUUGGGACUCUGCCCCCAGGGCCUGGCCCAGAUCUGCCUGCCUCUCCUCUCUCUCAGUGACUCCUGAGCCACAGCCCCUCCAUGGCCCAGAAGGAAGAGGCUGCUGCGGCCCCUGAGGCUACCUCCCAGAAUGGGGAGGAUCUGGAGAACCUGGACGACCCUGAGAAGCUGAAGGAGCUGAUUGAGCUGCCACCCUUCGAGAUCGUCACAGGAGAACGGCUGCCUGCCAACUUCUUUAAGUUCCAGUUCCGGAAUGUAGAGUACAGUUCCGGGAGGAACAAGACCUUCCUCUGCUACGUGGUUGAGGCACAGGGCAAGGGGGGCCAAGUGCAGGCAACUCGGGGAUACCUAGAGGAUGAGCAUGCGGCUGCCCAUGCGGAGGAAGCCUUCUUCAACACUAUCCUGCCAGCCUUCGACCCAGCCCUGCGGUACAAUGUCACCUGGUACGUGUCCUCCAGCCCCUGUGCAGCCUGCGCUGACCGCAUUACCAAAACCCUUAGCAAGACCAAGAACCUGCGUCUGCUCAUUCUGGUGGGGCGACUCUUCAUGUGGGAGGAGCCGGAGAUCCAGGCUGCUCUGAAGAAGCUGAAGGAGGCUGGCUGUAAACUGCGCAUCAUGAAGCCCCAGGACUUCGAGUACAUCUGGCAGAAUUUUGUAGAGCAAGAAGAAGGUGAAUCCAAGGCCUUUCAGCCCUGGGAGGACAUUCAGGAGAACUUCCUAUACUAUGAGGAGAAGUUGGCAGACAUUCUGAAGUAGGACAACUGGGCUCGGCUUCACGUCUUCCUGCUGCCAUCCAGAGACAGCCAUCUGGGACAUGCCUGCCUAAUACCAUUUGGAGCUGGACAACAUUGGACACCAACCAAUCAUCCCGGACAAGGCCCUUAGAGGACUUGAAAUAUGCUUCUCAUGCUGUAGUUCAUUUAGGCUGUGCCUCUCUCUCUAAUGCUGCUCUUGGGAAGGAGGAAAGUGACCUCCAAGGAGAGAAAUGCAACCAUACAUGGGCACCAGUCAACUAUGAGACUGAAGGUCCUCACUGCUCACCCAAGGGGGCUGCUUAACGCAAACAGCCUCAGACCCAAGGUUUUAGAUUUCUGAAAUGUGCAUUUUGAGUACUUUUUUUUAAAAAAGAAAAACAACAUUAAUAAAAGUGGUGUGUUUUUCCCGUG